AUGCUUGAAAUGGGGGUAAUAGAAGAGUCCAACAGCAACUGGGCGGGUCCAAUAGUUUUGGUUCCAAAACCCGAUGGCUCGGUCCGUUUCUGUGUGGACUACCGCAAGACAGACGAGUCGGACCGGGGGCUGGUGUACAGGACUGUAGAUGUCAGGUCAUCCAGCAGAAUGAGUCGGAGGAAGAGGAGGAGCCGCAGCCACAGGAGGCGGAGCUCCAGCAGCAGUAAACAAUGCAUCUCUCCAUAUCAUUUUCAAAGACCCACAAUGGUGGACACUGUGGAAGCUGCAGAGAAGGGAGAAACUGACUCCUUCUGUAAAGAGCAUGAACUGUCAGUGUCUGAAGACGAGAAGGAGACUGAGACUCCAACCACGGAGAAAGAAAACAGACCUGGGAGUUGCAAAGAUUUCUUCCAGGACAAAAAGAAAAAAGACUCAGAACCAGUACACAGAGGUCCAGGGUUAAAAAUCACACAUUCUGUGACCAUCGAUAACUUUGGACUGUCUUCUCCCAGAGUUGUGUUCGAAUGGUGCCAUGAAGCAAUGGUUAGUAGUGUAAUAGCAGUCACAACCACUGAGGUCAAGUGCAUGAGCCCAAAUAUGAAGCUUGAGAUCAAUGAAGUUGUGACAUCGGAUGUUUCAAAUAUCAAGACAACCUUUAUCGUUCAAAACCACAGAGACAAAAGAGAAGAGACUCAUUUAAGAACUGAAAAACAUCAAACUCGAAAAAACAACCACGUGUGUUCAUGGAACCGACAAGGAGCAGAUAACAAACUAAACAUCAGUGAGACUAUCAGCCUCACUAGCAUUGCAGAGCUGAAUUCAGAGUCAUCGCAUGCUUCCAAGAAGCAGAGCUCAUUGGAGGAUCCCGAAGAAGUGGCUUGCCGUAAAAGCUGCUGUCAAAACAACUCCCACUGGGGAAACACAGGUGGCCAGACGGACACAGAUUUCACACUGGUUGAUGGAUCCUCCUCUUGUUCAUCACCCUAUGAUUUCUGGCAACAUCAGAAACAGCACUUACUGCCCAGCAGUCUCAAUAAUGAGGCAUUAUGGGAUAUCCCUCCCCCUGAUGAAUUUGCUGAUAAGAAGACCAGCAUCUGA